AUGGACAGUGCCAGAGCUGUGAUCAGCGCCGAGGUAGACUCCAAGGAUGUUGAUAUUGCGCGCCUCAACCAAGGAAUAUACUCGAACCCCGAGCUUGCUUUUGCCGAAUUCCACGCCCAUCAGACCUUCGUCGAGCUUCUCCAAUCUCUGGGCUUCACCGUCACACCCCAUGCCUACGGGGUUGAGACCGCAUUCUCGGCCGAGGUAGGUUCUGGUGGUCGUCUGGUCGUGUUUAACGCCGAGUAUGAUGCGCUUCCAGAGAUUGGCCAUGCCUGCGGACACAACCUGAUUGCUUCGGCAUCGCUGGCGUCUUUUCUCGGUGCUGCCGCAGCCUUAAGGUCAACUGGAAUCCCGGGACGCGUUCGCCUGCUCGGUACUCCUGCUGAGGAGAACGGUGGAGGGAAACUCAAGCUGAUCGAGAACGGAGCAUAUGCGGGAUGCUCGGCGGCGAUUAUGGCACAUCCAGUCGCAGGAGGCCGGCUACAACCCCCAGUCCGAGGAGUCGCUUUUCUCCGUACGCUCUGCAAUGCGCGGCUGCUUGUGACAUACGAAGGGCGCGAGGCGCACGCAGCCAUUGCCCCUUGGGCUGGAGUCAAUGCCCUUGACGCAAUAUGCUUGUCAUACAAUGCCAUCAGCAUGCUACGGCAACACAUCCUGCCUACGGAGCGAAUCCACGGUGUCUUCCAUAAGUCCGGCACACGUCCUAACGUCGUGCCUGGCGAAACAGUCGUCGAAUACUUCGUGCGCAGUGACACCAAAGCCAGCGCGUUUGCCUUGGCAAACAGGGUAAUCAACUGCUUUCGAGGUGCUGCCACCGCCACCGGCUGCAAGGUUCACGUGGCCGACAUUGCGUGCUACGCCGAUCUGCGCCCCAGUCCAAAGCUUUGUAGAGCCUACAUGAACGCAAUGGCCGAGGGUACAAUAGCCUACGAUGAGCCGGCUGAUAUCCUGGCUGGAAGCACAGAUAUGGGCAAUGUCUCAUACGAGACGCCCUCAUUCCACGCUGGUUUUGCAGUCGACACCGAGCCUGGCGUCAACCUACACACGCACGAGUUUACCGUCGCAGCUGGGACUCGCGGGGCACUCGAUAGAGCUAUAGAAUGUGGCAAGGGUAUGGCCCUCAUUGGAUGGAGAGUGCUCUCAGAUGAUGCCUUUGCGCAUGACGUAUAUGAAGACUGGGAAAGGGAUAUCCAAAGCGUGACUGGCAUGAAUGUGUGA